UAUUCAGACACAAGACAGAUUCCUUGCAAAAAAACAACAAGGUGAGGUAGUUUUCUGCGUUAGAAUCAAUCAAUCAAUCAAAUCCGAGAAAGAACAAAGAAGAAAAAUAAAAAAUAAAAAAGAGGAGUCACAGACACAAAUUAAUCAAUCCGUAAUUACCCCAUUAAUUCAGGUCUGUGCCUCCUCUUGAUAUAAUAGCUAGGUUCUAGUUUCCUGGACCGAAAAUUAAAGAGGAAAAGAUGGAUUAUGAAAGCAAUAGUUGGAUUUGGGAAGGGGUGUACUACUAUCCACAUCUGUUUGGUGGUUUAAUGGUUACUGCUGCUUUGUUGGGUUUGUCAACCAGUUACUUUGGUGUUAUUGGGGUUCCUUCAUUGCCAUUGCCGUGCUCUUGGUAUAAUUUGGGGAAGAAGAAGAAGACUGGGAAGAGACGUGUUCGUGUUUACAUGGAUGGAUGUUUUGAUCUGAUGCAUUAUGGUCAUGCUAAUGCACUCAGACAAGCAAAGGCGUUAGGUGAUGAAUUGGUUGUUGGACUUGUUAGUGAUGAGGAGAUCGUCGCCAAUAAAGGGCCUCCAGUUUUGUCCAUGGAUGAGAGGUUGGCCCUUGUCAGUGGAUUGAAGUGGGUGGAUGAGGUCAUCACUGAUGCUCCUUAUGCAAUUACUGAGACAUUCUUGAACCGUCUCUUUCAUGAAUACAACAUUGACUAUGUCAUACACGGCGAUGAUCCUUGCCUGCUUCCUGAUGGAACAGAUGCUUAUGCUGCGGCAAAGAAAGCUGGUCGUUACAAGCAAAUUAAACGUACUGAAGGAGUUUCCAGUACAGAUAUCGUAGGAAGAAUAAUGUCUUCUUUAAAAGAGCAAAAAAUUUGUGAAGAUCGCAAUGGCACUGAUGUAAAGCCCCAAGAAGAAUGCCAGUCAAAGGUUUCCCACAUAUCCCAGUUCCUACCAACUUCCCGACGUAUUGUUCAGUUUUCAAAUGGCAAGGGUCCCGGACCAAAUGCUCGUAUUGUAUACAUUGAUGGAGCAUUUGAUCUCUUCCAUGCAGGCCAUGUUCAGAUGCUUAAGAGGGCUAGGGAACUUGGAGAUUUUCUUUUAGUUGGUAUCCACUCUGAUGAGACUGUGAGCGAAAAUCGAGGAAAUCACUAUCCAAUUAUGCAUCUGCAUGAGCGGAGCCUUAGCGUGCUAGCUUCCCGUUAUGUUGAUGAAGUCAUUAUUGGUGCACCUUUGGAAAUCACAAAGGAUAUGAUCACAACUUUCAAUAUCUCACUAGUUGUUCACGGCACUGUUGCUGAGAAGUCAUUACCCAGUGAAAAAGAUCCAUAUGAAGUUCCGAAGAGCAUUGGCAUAUUCCGCUUGCUUGAAAGCCCAAAAGAUAUUACUACUACCUCAGUAGCUCAAAGAAUAAUGGCCAAUCAUGAUGCUUAUGUGAAACGCAAUGCUAAGAAAGCCAAGAGUGAGAAGAGAUACUAUGAAGAGAGAAAAUACGUAUCUGGAGACUAGGAUGUGUAGACUUAGUUUGUUUUUGCUCUACAAACUCAACCCUGUGAUGGUGAUGCUUGAUAGUAGCAGGAAAUCUAUACAUUUGUGAAGGACGACUAGUACAGAGUAUGACAUAGAAUGAGAUUAUUGUAGAUUACUUGGGAAUAACAUUGUACUAUAGUGUCCUGACAUUUUUUUCUUGUCAUCUGAAAGGCUCCUAUGUGGUUAGCCCCACAAGUUUUAUGUCAUUUGUCUUUUUGCUCUGGUUUUGCUCUAUUAUUUGAUGUAUGUAUUUCAGUUAUACGCAAUCACGAUGGCUCUUUGCUAUUUUAUUUAUUUCAAUUUAAUGGAA